AUGGAGAUGCUGGCCCUGCUGCUGCCGAGUGAUGGCAGCGCUUGGACGAUCACGGUCCAGCCCGUGGGAGUGUACGCCCUUGGUUCCACGGCUGUGGCUUGUGUGGGGCUGAAGUAUUUGAUUGACUGGUACAAACGCUCGCAGCAUCGUGAUGCGGCUGCCAAGCUCGGUCAUCAUGCCAAAACAUUACGUGAACAGCGACUUGAUGAGCUGGAACUGGAUGCGCGCCUGGAAAACAUGAUCGACUUGAGCACUGUCGCUGCCACUCGUGAAGCUCUUAGCAAGUAUGGGCCUGAGGUGGUGUGCCGCCGCGCGCUGCUCAAUUGCCUGCGGGACCCUCACAAUGCCGUCUGUGAGAUUGUGCCAUCCAUCGAGGGCAAGGCCAAGGACAGCCGGGGUGACCUGGCAGGCGUGCCCUUUACCGUCAAGGAAUGUUUGCACAUCGAGGGCCUACACUGCACCUUUGGCGAUGCCAAGCGUACCGAGUCCAUCAUGACCGGCACUUCGCUCGUUGUUCGGGCUCGCUGCGGAUUCCUGCACAUUGCUGUGGCACGGUUGGCUUCAAACCUACGCGUUACCGUUUCUCUCCCGGGCCCCAUGGCUCCAACUGUCGAGGGUUGUGUCACCUGCUUUCGCGCCGUCGUCAAUGAUUGGCCCUGGGCUAUUCGUGAAGAUCCCAGCCUUCUGCCGCUGUCCUUUGAUGAGGCUGCCUACACUAGCACCAACCGUCUGCGCCUCGGCGUUUUGGUAGACAACGACUUUUUCGAUGUGACCCCGGCCUGCCGUCGUGCUGUUGACGAGGCCGUGGCAGCUGCUAAAGCGCUUGGCCAUGAGGUCGUGCCUAUGCCCGGGCACCUUGUGAGCAAGAUUGCCAUUCUUUUCUACGCGCUCGUCUCAGCAGAUGGAGGCCAUCAAACUCUUGAGUUGCUUCGUCAUCAGGUAUCAGAGGCGUGGCAUUUGGCGGCAGAUGCAGACGAAGUUCACGCCGAGUUUAUGGCGUUGUGGCACAGUCUUAACCUCGAUGGUCUCAUCACCCCAGCCUCGGUCAUGCCCCCUCCGAAACAAGGAACCUGCUCAGACUUGACUCCCGGCUGCUGGCCAACCUUCAUUUUCAACCUGCUCGACAUGCCAGCCGGCAUCAUUCCGGCAACGCGUGUGACGGCCGAAGACGAUCGCGCUCUUCGUGAGCGCGAUAUCAUUGACCGAUUUGAUCGCAUCCUUGUGGACUCGUGUGCCGACAGCGAGGGGAGUCCCGUGGGUGUGCAGGUUGUCACCCCACGCUUUCAAGAUGAACUCUGCUUCCGCAUCAUGGGUGAAUUGGAGAGUAAGCUCAAGCCUAAUGCAUAG